CAAAAAUCGUAGAUCUAUUUACCUCAUGGCAUGGGAAGUGUUGCUGGCGGAUAAUCCGCGUGAAACAAAGUGAUAUCAUUUCUAGCCUUGGAAGCCAAGAGAAGUACAUCCACUGCCUUUUGCGGAUAUUCAUACAUCAACAUGGUGAUUCUUGGCCAUGAACUCUUUGCAACAAUGGCAGCACUCGAACAUAGAGCAUUGGAAGCUACUGGCAUACAUGUGUCUCUACUGCGGUUUGCCAUCAGUUUUGUCGCUUCAGUGCCUGUUGGAGCGUUGUUUAAAUUCAUCCCCACAGUCAGAGGAAAGCAUACCUUCGCCAUCGUCACAGGCUUUGCGCUCCUGUAUUACCCUUUUGGAAUUGGAGUGCUUCACCUGCUUGUGCCAACCUUCCUGACCUAUCUGGUCAUGCUGCAAGUCCGAGAAAAUAGCGCCACGCUAUCUUGGGUGAUCAACUUUGCAUACCUGAUCGCAUGCCAUGUGGCAGCAUCCAGUGGAUCAAAGUGGAAGGAGGGGCAAGUGGAUUUCACAGGCGCAAUGAUGGUGCUCGCUCUGAAGCUGAUCUCAGCCGGAGUGUCGUACCAGGAUGGAUUGCGCAAGUCUGAGGAACUGACACCUUACCAGCAGGCGCACAAGCUAACUCAGAUGCCGAGCGUGCUUGAAUGGCUGUCUUUUACCUUUGCAUCCGGUAACCUGCUGGCAGGCCCCUACUUUGAGCUGGCAGACUACCUCAAUUUCAUCCAGAAGAAGGGCCCAUGGGAUCCAAGGUCAAAGCAGCCCACCGCUGCCAGCCAGUACAAGGCGGGGGCACUGCGAUUCCUCAAGGCUCUGAUCUGCCUUGGCGUCCACUUCUUCUUUGUGCAGUACCUCCCGAUUGACAUCCUCAAUUCCGAGUGGUAUUACAAGCUUGGGAUGGUGGCCAGGAUGUCAGUGAUGUGGCUGGUCGUGGUGGUAUACCGGUUCAAGUACUACUUUGCGUGGGCGGUGUCAGAGGCGGGCCUGAUUUUCUCGGGCUUCUGCUUCAACGGGUUCAGUGACAAGGGGGAGGCGCGCUGGGACCGCUAUGCCAACACUCGCAUCCGCAAGGUGGAGUUUGGCACCAGCGCCGCGGAGCUGCCCGCCCACUGGAACACCUGCACCGGCAACUUCCUGCGCAGAUAUGUGUACGAGCGGCUGACGCCGCGGGGCAAGAAGGCCACUUUCAAGACUCUGCUGGUGACUCAGCUGGUGUCCGGCAUCUGGCACGGCCUGUUUGCGGGCUACGUGCUGUUCUUCGCAUCCUCGGCGUUCCUGUUCGAGUCGGCCAAGGUCAUCUACCGCUACGAGCAGGGGCUGGGCCGCCGAUGGGACUUCCUGCGCACCUUCCCUCCCCUCCUCUUCAUCAAGUUCCUCUACACCGGCUUCGUGCUCAACUACAGCGCUGUCGCCUUCCUGCUGCUGGACUUCUCGGUGUCCAUGAAGGCAUGGAAGUCAGUGCACUUCCUGGGCCACUUCCUGAUGCUGGCCAUCAUCCUGGUAUCGAUGGUGAACCCUCCAAGGCGGCCGCGCAAGAAGGACGUUGCCAAGUCCGACCAAGAGGCCACACCCUCAAUCAAGACUGGUGCGUCGCGUCUGUCCAGAAAUGCCUGUUGCUGCUCUCCUUGA